AUGGCCUUGAGCGUGAUCGACUUGAAGGAAUUGCUUGAUCUCUCUUUUGUCCCGUGUGGUGUCCUUCCCAGUCCGCAACCUCCAGCCAUUAACUCUCCACUCUCCAACAGCGCAACCAUGUUCCAGCUCCCAGCGUCGCUCGGCGACGUCGAGACCCUCCUCAGCACGACCUGGGAUGCCCUCACCCUGAACAGGGUGCUUGUCAGCGCAGGAAUGUUGUUUCUUUUCUCUAAUGCGAAGGGAUUACCCGGCGUCUGGCAUGUAAGUUCUCGUCUUGCACUCCCACCAGAUAUUGAGAUCUCGACCUCAGACAGACGGACAGACAGACAGACACUAAUCCCACCCCCGCAGUACCGACUGUUCAAAGGCCUCCUCACAGAACUGCUCUGGAAGCGCUCGCGCCAGCCCGCGCCCCUGGUCGACGCGCAGGGCCGGCCCCGUGUGUACAGCUACCUGGUCACCGAGUGUGCCAACCCGAUCAUUGAGUGCGACUACAACCUACACAAGUCCAACAGCACCUUCUUCUCUGAUCUGGACAUCAACCGCACGCAGCUGAUGAUGGCGCACUUCAAGCACGUCAUUUCGACCUCGUCCAUGCCGCGCAUCACCAACCGGAAAAGGCCGCUGCUUAUGGCCAUGGGCGGCGUCUCAUGCCUGUUUCACCGAGAGGUCAAGCCGCUGCAGCGCUACGAGGUCUGGUCGCGGGUGCUGGCGUGGGAUGAGAAGUGGGUGUAUGUCGUGAGUUACUUCGUCAAGAAGGGGGCGCUUGCAAGUGAUGGGAGCAUCAGGGGAGACCCGGACGCCAAGUUUGUGUUGGCGUCAGGGCUGGCGCGAUAUGUGUUCAAGGAGGGGAGGGUUACGGUCAAGCCUGAGGGGGGUGCUACGUGA